CACAAGAGAGACAUUCUCCAAAGAAUAUAAUAUAGCGUACCAUACAUAUAUAUACAACAAAGCAGAGAGAAUUGAGUAUAUAAACAGAAACUGUAGAGCAUUUUGUAGAGUACCACCACGAGACUUGUGAGUUGGGGGGCCCGGCCUUUUUCCACGACCCAACCUUACCUCGAGUGAAGUUCGAAGCGAUGCGAUUGGCCAAAUCGUAGCCAGGUCAAACGGCACACUUCAUCGGUUGGCGUGUAACCACGCUUGCUGGCCGUUUCAAAGUCAUUUUGACUUUUUUCGUUAUUGUUACAAGAGCGCGCGCUUGCUUGUGUGCAAGGUCACACUACACGCGAUACUCCAAAAUAAAUUAAAAAUAACAACAAAUAAAAAAAGGGAGGGGGAAUAUUUUUCAAAUUUCCUCGUAUUUUCAUUUAGAGAAUGAAAAAUUGAGAAAUGAUAAUGAUUUGUUUUAGUGAUUGAUAAAAUAUAAUAUAAUGUGCAUUCACAGGAAGACGAACGCUGUGAGAAGCGAUGUUGUUAUCCUUUCGAAUUUCUAUCGCGGAAAGAGAGGUGUGCAGUGAUAUUGUUACCGAUUGUUUGUCGGUGUGAAUAUAAUUGUGAUUUGUUUUAUAGUGCUGAGUGUGUGAGUGAGUAAAAUACUUGGGAAUUUUUUGGAUUUUGGAUUUUUUCCUCUUUUGGUAUUUUUCAACUUUAUUUGGAUAAAUUGAAAGAAUGCCAACGUUGAGCGUUGGAGGCGUCUGCGGCGUCGAAGAUGGGUUAAGUAUCGUGGCGUCGGAUGUUCUUGCUUUAAGGGGUGCAGGUUUGGAAGCUGCAGAAACUUGGGCUCUCCUUUGCCAAGCAGCCCAAGCUCUUCAAGAUCUCUUUCUCUCAAAUGGUGGAGUGGUGGAUGGCUCGAGAGCAGGACCAGUGGUCACACCAAACACACUGGAAUUGACUCCACGAGGUAGAGUGACUUUACUGCAGGCAUCACCGGAAACUGCACGAACUUAUCUACCACCGGAAUAUCGUCCUGGACGCGUCUACUCUGACACAGAUUCUGAAAAGAUGUGGAUGUAUUCAUUGGGUCGUGCCUUAUUAGACACAACUCCAAGGGUAACAGCACUAACGGGAACAGUGUCCGUUUCACCCUCAUGUGCUUUGCAGUCAGUUUUGGCUGCAAUGACAGAACCGGAUCCACGGCGACGAGCUUCAUUAAUGAAUCUUCUUGAUGUAAUAUCAGAGUACUGUCGUUCACGCUUGCAAUCAAGACCCUUCACUCACAUUGUGAUGGAUAUGUAUCGCGAGGUAGUUUGCUCGCCCCAAUAUGCAGCCAGGAAACGAGUCCUGCAACGAGGAACGAAUAAAAAUUCCCCAUCAACGGAAAUGAAUCAUAAACAACCACCGCAACAACAAUCACGACAAUAUACAACAUCAGCUCAACAACGUUGGUCAAAUAUUCAUCGUUUCCAAAAAUAUCAUUCAAAAGGAGAGCCAUCACUAUUCAAAAUACAAUCACGAAAUUCAAGAUCACAUCCAAAUCUCAGGGGUCUCGCCUCAUCAUCCUCGACUGAUGAGGAAAAUCCAAUAGCACGCUUUCAGUCCCAAUUGAACAUGAUUAAUGCCGCUGAUAUGUUAGAUCAUCCAUCGAUUGCAUUCAGUCACUUGAGAACGGCCUCGCAACCAUUGACGAUGCCACCACAUCAAAUGCGAAGUAAUGGCGAUUUGAUCGAGAGGAAAAUUUCAAGUAACAUCACUGAAUAUCAUCAGUAUCAAAGGAAUAAAAGAAAUGGCCUUCUUGAAAUGCCACCGCCAAUGAAACCAUUUCUAAGCUCACAGGAUGUGAGAUAUGGAGGCGGAAGUGGAUUGUUGAAAGUGGGUCAGGAUCAUGAUCAACUUUAUACGAGACCAAUAAAUGGGAGAAGAAAUAAUUUCCCCUGCUUUUCAUCGUCAUCGUCUUCCACGUCGUCAUUGAGGCCUAAUGGCGUUCAACAAAAAGAGCCUACUUAUGAGCCCCUAGUCAAUACACCCAAGGAAGAAAUUUACGCAAGUGCCGAGCCAACGGGAAACACAUGUUCCAGACCCGUUCUACAUCAACAAGUUUCAAAUAAUAGACUUUCAAAUUUGAAUCAAGACACCAAUAAUGAGGCAAAUAAUCCCCUAGUUUCAAAAUCAAUCACCGAACAGCUAAGAGCACGCAUUGGAAAUUUAAAUGGACAACAAAAAAUUCAAGAGUAUUGUCGAAAAACAGUGCCUUCCGAUAAUAUUCCCGAUAUUUACGGAUCAAAACAACAACAACCACGAAUAAUCACAAUGAAUAAAGAUCAAUCAAUUUCCAAUGCGGAAAAUCGAAUACCAAUUGAGACAUCGUCAAGAGUCAAUAUCAAGAAUGGACCAAGAGCGCGACGAGGGAAACCAGUACAAAGAGCACCUUCUCGAUUGUAUAGAGCAAUUGGAGGUCAAAUGAGGAAUUUUAAUAAAACACAAUGCGUCGGUCCUGAGUUUGUCGUUCGUGCAAAUCAACCGUCAAAAAUCAUGACCGUUGGUGAUAUUAAGUCGGUCAAUUCUAGUCGUUUAAUUGUAAUUAUGUUAACUGGUCAACGACUCGAAGUAACAUGUGAUCCUCAGAAAAUCACAGCUGGAGAAUUAUUUCAGGCUAUCGUGCAGGCUGAAGGCCUCGAUGAAAACUUUACUCUGGGAUUAGCUGCGCUAUUGGCCGGAGAUUUCGCAUUGCUACCGCCAGAUACAAAAUUGAAUAAAGUCGCCCCUCCAGGCUGGCUAAACACCGGUAAAAGUAAAGGUCUACUGGGACUUCCGGCAAGCUUUAUGCUCUACCUAAGGCUGAGAUUUUUCCUUCCUUCACUCCGUGGAAUAAGAAGCUGGACUUCGAAGCACCUCCUAUACCUUCAAAUUCGUCGAUGUAUAUUAGAACAGCAGCUGGUAUGUCCUUUGACGCAGCUAAUUAAUUUGACCGGUCUCGCUCUGCAGGCAGAGUUUGGAAAUUAUAGCGUCAAUGAACACGGAUGUGGAGAUUAUUUCCUCCUGGAGCACUACAUUCCCGAAGCCCUGAUAUUAAAUCCAGAUCAUGACCAACAAUACAGCGACUUAUCAAGUAACGCUGAAAAUUUAAAACGACAAUUACAUCAAGCGCACCGUGAGAGACGUGGUCUCGAUACAAAUAAAGCCGAGGAAAUGUUUAUCACUCACGCUCAAAAUUUAUCUGAUUUUGGUUCGCACUAUUACAUUGCGACGGUGGAUGCCAAGGAAUUGAGUAAAAUAAUAAGUCGACAGAGAAAAUUUAAUGAACGUACAUCGCCAAUAGGUCGGACGCAUACCGAAGAUAUUUACGCUCAAUUAAAACGCAAUUGUCCCGCAUUUCCUGCUAAUAGUGCUGAUAAAACAAAAGCCUACACGGACGAGGAGAAAAUAAUUCUCGCUAGAAAUCCAACCACUACUGCUAAUGUCAAUGAUAAUAUUUAUACUUCGGUGACAAGUGAAAAGGAGAGUGCUGAAAUUAUUAACGUCAAUAAUAAUAAUAAUAAUAAUAAUAUUCAUAAUAUUCAUAAUAAUUCGAGUAAAACUGAGAAUGAUAAGAGGAAAAAGACCGAGAGCAGUGUUUGGUUGGCAAUACAUGGCGAGGGUUUGAAACUCUUUGAAAGAGGCGGCGGUCGUUUUCGUGAGAGGAAAGAAUUGGCAAAAUUUCAAUGGAGGGAUAUUCAAACUUUGAGUUACAGUAAAUCGUGUCUUGUUAUUUACACGAAAGUCAAUGGGAAACGAUGUAAAUUCAAACUGAGAAUGGAUCACCGGAAGAGUUAUUUUGCUUUCAAACUGACGUCUCUACACCAUCAGUUCUUUCUCAAACUUCGAUCGGAGAUAUCUUCUCUUCAAGGACUAGCAAAAGAUUUCGGCGUUCCAUUGGUGAUCGAGCCAAAUUCCCCAAAGGCAAAGUCAGAGAGUGGAAAAACAAAAAUCUCGAUAGCAAAUUCAAUAAAGAAACAAGAGGAGCCCGAUUCAAGAUUAAAGUAUCCAUUUCAAUUGGAGGAGUAUCAGAAUAAGGAGAACGAGAAUCCAGAGAAGGAUUUAUGUAACUGGCAAGAGGGUAACAACCAAGUGACGUCGCCGAUUUGUUCCUCGCCAGAGGAGGACGUUCUCUACGCUCAGGUGAAUACGCGCCUUGAACCGGAAGGCGAGUCACGUGACACGGAAGAUGAAUCGGAUUCGGCGGCGAUGAGGAAUCAGGCAAUAUCGAGAAUUUUGAAUGGACCAAAAGUCCUUUCAGCCAUUGAGGAUCAAAUCUAUGGUUACGCGAAUGUUGGCCGCGCGCACAAUGAAGAAUACGUUUAUUGCAUUCCAAAGUUAAUUUACUCGAGUGCAAUUGAACGACUCGAAGUGAAAUCAGAAAAACCCGAGGAUAUUUAUGCAGCUGUUAAUAAAAAUCGUACGCCCAAGAAGGAUUCACUUCCUGUUCCUGAUGAAGUUUGGGACGUGUCGGAUAUUAAGGAGUCAUUGAACAAGGCAAAAACAUCGAGUUUACCAAAUUAUGGAACGCCAAAAUCAAGGCAAUCGAGUGGAUUUCGAACGCCGAGUUUACCACGACGUUUGGGGGUGAAAAUGGGAACUCGCGCUAUUUACAGCAGCAGCAAUAUGUCGCAGAAGGAUGCCUCUCUUGCCGACGAUUUGGAAUCACUUUCCCUGAAAUCAGACACAGCUUCGUCGAUGCAAUCAACGCCCGCACGAUCGGUCGAGUCACCAUUGCCGGAAGCUUAUGUUCUAAAUGCGGACAUAAGAUCGGCGAACGAGACCUUUCGAAUACAUGACGAAGAGACAAUGUCAUCAUCGUUGGUGGCCCGAUUUGAGGAAAUGUCUUUCACUGAAGAGCGAAUACUUCAUGUGAUAAAACUUGAACGCGGUAAUGGAGGGAGUAUUGGAUUGCAAGUGACCGAGGGAAACGAUGGAGGAGUUUAUGUCCAAGCCGUUUCCGUUGGUGGAUCGGCCGAUAUGGCUGGUAACGUAAACAAAGGCGAUCGAGUGGUGGCAAUAAAUGGUCAAACUUUAAUGAAUCUCGGUUAUGAUCAUGCACUUAAAUUGUUACAAAGUUCAUCAGAAACUGUGGAAUUAGUAUUAUCGCGUGCUGCUUCAAAUCGGGUCGGAAGUAACAAAAAUCACCAACAAAUCCAAUCGAGGGAUACCAAUUAUCUACAAAGUAUCAGAUUUAAUGUCUCGUCAGAAACAGAUUAUUGGAACAUGUCAACGAAAUGGCUUGGAAAUGAAAAAUCUGGCGCGAAAAAUAAUUGGGAUUCGCACAAUAGUUCAACUUCAACUAUGAUCGAGAAUUAUCCAGUGAAUGAGACCUACACCAUAAACGAUAAAAUCGAUCCCUACGCUCUGCAAUCUGCCAGUAUAUUGGUUAGUCUUGAGGAUUUAGACGUGAGCCGAACGAGUCAACAAGUUUUCAUCUAGUGCCAAGAGAAUAAUUUUAAUAUACGAUGAGAUCGAUCAGCAAACUCCGCCGAUACCUCCACGAAGAAAGAAACGAAAGAAUAAUCUUUCAACGAGCGUCAAUUCUGAAACGUCUCGGGAACCAUCUUUGGGACCUAGAAGAAAACCACGUCUUCCGCCUCCUC